AUGCCAGAUUCAUCGCCUUUGCCUUCAUCGUCUCCUGCAUCAAGCAGGCGCAGCCACGAUGGAGAGAUCGCGUUCCUCAAUCAUUCACCCAACACCGUUGCCAAUUCGUUACCUCCGGACGUGGACAACAAACCUCUCGCUCGCCAGAAACGCAGAAGAACAAGCAAAGAGGACGAGGAAGUAUUGAAGGCCGAAUAUCAGAAGAACCCCAAGCCCGACAAAGCUGCUCGCAUCGAGAUUAUUUGGUUUCAGAACAAACGACAGAACGACCGCCGCCGUGCGCGACCCCUCGACCAUUCUUCCACGCCCUCGCUGAUGUCCUCAUCCUCCACCAUGUCGGACCCGCCCAUCGAAGACGAGGCGAAUGCGCACGACGACGCGCCCCCGGAGCGUGAGCGCGCGUACGAUGCAACCCCGCACGGCGAAAUUGCGGAGCCUAUCGUUAUCGCUGAGGUCACUGCCACCGAGCCCGCCAAACCCGCGCAGGCAGUCGCACAAACGCGUCCUCUCGAGGAAGUUGGGGAGGCGAAGAAAUCCGUAAGAGCAGUGUCAGAAGAAGCCAUAGCAGACAGCCCCGAGCCGGAGAAGGCAGAGUUGCAGGCCACAGCGGACUCGAGCGUCAUUCCGUCUACCGAUCCUCACACAGUCGACACUACGCCUACGGAACUUAGCAGUUCGCAGCAGAGUGCGCCAUCUUCGCAAGGCGCGUCGCAGUCGCGCACCCACUGGAUCUCGAACCGCCGCAGCGCGUCGUUCAUGCGCUCAGCCGAUGACUAUGCGCCAGAAACAAUAACAUUCCCUCAUCCCGCACAGUCCGCAACUACGAACGCGACCGCGACUACACCCUCUACCACAACACGAACAAUGAAGCGUGCACAUUCCUUCGUGCGCAUUUCGACGAACGAAGAUGGUACGGCACGCGUAGUCACCGACCUCGACAAGACACCUUCCCCACCGCAUCCUAGGGCGAAUGGAGCGCCAUUCGCCCGUGCAGCAGCAGGUCUCCGAAGAAGCUACAGUGCUGCAGGAUUAAACGAGCGACUGGCCGCGGCCGCACGUGGCGAGGAGCGCAGCCCCAAAAUGCCACGAACAUCCACAAUUGGCCGCAGCCGAGACUCGCGUGCGUGGGAAUUCUGGUGCGAUCCGGAUACACGCUACAACACAAGCCUGACAACACGCGCGGAACAAGAAGGAAGCGGCAGUGCGGCCGAUGCCAUCGGCCUCCUCCGCGCAAACAGGCGGAUACUGCAGCAGAACCAGGCGCGCCAGAACACCCCUGUGAUAUCGCGGCAUCACUCCGCAAAGAUGUCGCCCCAACACGGCGUCAAGAAGUCGCGCGGCCCAAUGCAACGCGCGUCCACGAUCAACGGACGUCUCCAGUCCAAGGGCUCUAGCAGCAGUGACUCCGACGACCUUCCCCAGACUGAGUCUGACAAGGAGAACUGGAUCCCAGACGUGCCCAAGUCGCAGCAGCGGUCGCGGAAAGCGUACGAGUCGCCCGCCGUGCAACGCACGCGCCAGAUCCUCGGUGAGAACACAGAGAUUAUGAGCCAGAGCAAUAGCCUGGGCACCAUGCUCGAGAAAUCGAUACCUAAGAAGGGUGGUAGAAAAUACUCAGAUCCAGAACAAGACGAUGAGCUGAGGGAUUUCAUGGGCGGUAGCGCGAGUGCGAGAACUACUGUGAGCUCCGCUGAAGAGGCGGGUUGUGUGGAGGGCUUGCUCAAGUUGAGCCAGGGCCAAUGGAGAUGA